CUUCUUCUUACAAAAUCAAAAUCAAAAUCAAAUCGAGAAUUGGUUGUAGGAAAAUCAACACCACCAUAUCGUUCUUCCGCCAUUAAAUAACCUCACCAUCUCCAACUGCCAUAGACAGCUAUUCUCCACCUCUCUCUCUCUCUACCUUUCUUCUUCUCUUCUCCAUCAAUCAAGAACCCAGAAACUAACUUUCAAACCUCAUCAGUGGCUCAAAUGGGUUCUUCUGCUUCCAAAACCGCUUCUUCUACGACGAUGAGUUCACCUUCUCCGGCGAUCCACAGAGCUUUCUCUUUCCCAACGCCGUUGGUUCACCACCCCCCGGCAAGAAAAGGCGACACUCACCACCUCGUCUCCCUCACCUCCACCUCGUACGGUUCUCUCCUCCUCAUCGACCUCGAAGGAUCCAAAACCGCCUCCGAUCGUAUCUCAAUCUCCGGUCCAGACCCGGUCUCACUCGACUCGUUCUCUCCUGACUCAGUCAUCAACACGUGGGAGCUUAUGGACGGCUUAGACGACGAUGAAUUCGAAUUCGAAUGCCCUAAACUCGGUAAGCCUAUCUCCAGUCUAGAUUCGGAUCUUUGCCCUAUACCCGACCCGGAUCGGAUUGUGUCUGCGUUGAAACUUGACGAAUCUUACGAGUUCGAAUUCGAAAGCCCUAAACUUGGUAAGCCUAUCUCCAAUCUAGAUUCGGAUCUUUGCCCUAAACCCGACCCGGAUCCGAAUGUGUCGGCUUUGAAACUAGACGAGUCUUACGAAGUCGUGAGAGUCGAACAAGAAGUAGAAGAAGGUUGGGUCCCGUUGUCUUAUAAACCAAAGCAACCUCUUUGGAAGCAUUUGUCUGAAGAAUCUUUCUUGUCUGGUUUAGAUCCUAGCAUUGUCUCUUCUUACAAGAAACCUCUGUCUUCUAAGCAAUUAAGCAAUGAUAGUAUCAAUGUCGAGGUUAUAAGCCCACCCUCUAGUGCACUGAGUACUACACAGGCCAAAGCAGAAGACAAGAUUGUACUCUACUUCACAACACUCAGAGGGAUUCGAAAGACGUACGAGAACUGCUGUUGCGUUAGAACGAUAUUAAGAGGGUUUCAAGUGACUGUAGACGAGCGUGACAUCUCCAUGGAUUCUAAAUACAGGAAAGAGCUUCAAAGCAUGGUCGGAGAUGCGGAGAAACCGGUUUGUUUGCCUCAGGUGUUUAUUGGGGAUACCCACAUUGGUGGGGUAGAGGAGAUUAUGAAGCUAAACGAUAGUGGUGAGUUAGUUGAGAUGUUGAAAGGUUUCCCUGCUUGUGAAUGCUUGGGGACAUGCAAGAGCUGUGGUGAUGCAAGGUUUGUGCCGUGUAGUAACUGUGAUGGUAGCACUAAAGUGUUUGAGGAGGAAGACGAAAUGUUCAAGCGGUGUUCGAAGUGUAAUGAGAAUGGAUUGGUGCGUUGCCUUGAGUGUUGUCUCUAAAGUAAAACCUGAUGGAUCAGGAGCUGUGUGGGUGAAAAGGGCUUAGAGUGAUUGUAUUAAUUGUGAGAGGUGAACAAGUCUUACUGGUAUUGGCUUAGUAUUUGUAUAUUACAAUAAGAAAUGGCUCAAAGCAAGCUAAUUAUUACUAAGACGGUAUUGGUUUCUCAAUUCGUCUAGCUCUUAUUCAGGACAAACCCACUAAUCGGUCGUGUUAUAACGUAUCGAAUUUGAAUGGAAGUAAUAUUAUCUUUGUACA